CGAAUUCGUGAACGCGCACAUGUCUGCUUUCGUGGGAAAUUGCUAAACAUUAUAAUGAUCUCAAGAAUCGUCCUUUCCAACCUUUCAAAACCUGUCUUACGUUUGUUUAUUCUAAUUUGAAGGUUUCAAAGUCACAGUAGAUAUUGAGAAUUCUCAAUAGUGAGCACGGAUAAAGCUUAAAAAUGUCUACCUUUUCGGAUGAUUUAGAGGAAUCAAUGAAACCACCAUUACCUCCCAACUGGGAAGAACGUAUUUCCAAGAAACAUCCAGAUAAACCAUAUUAUUAUAAUAAAAAGACGAAAAAGUCAUCCUGGCUUCCUCCAGUUGAUAAAAGUGGCGAGGACAAAUUCGAAGGUCACAAGUCGCUAAAUGGAUCAACAAGUAAUGAAGAUGGUGCAUUUUCAGACUGUUAUGAGAGUAGUUCAUCAAUGGUUAUCAAUCCAUACAAUAAAAAUAAUAAAAAUUCAUCAAAAUCUUCAAUUAGCUGUACCAAAGGGAAUGAUACCCCUGCCAUGAAAGCAGUUAGAGAAAGAAUAGAGGCUAAAAAAAUAAAUUCAAAAAAAACGCAUUUAAACAAAAAUCUUAAACUUUGUCCAUCGAAAAAAUGUCGAUCGAGCUCUACAUCUUCCCAAGCAUCAAACACUAGUGCAAUUUCAGAUGUAUCCAGCUUAGGAUCAAAAAUAAGAGCAGCAGCUAUACCUAGAUCAUCUAUAAUCAAUGGUACUGAUCCAAAAAUUAACAAACUUCCUAAAAUAAAAAAAAUUAAUCAAUCAAAUAAACAACAACUUAUCCAAGAAAAAAAUAUUAAAUCAAGAGGAAAAAUUGAAACUAUUCUUACAGAUAAUGAUUCCUUGAAGAAAUCAUUAAAAAGAAAUUGUGCAAGUGAAAGAUUAGAAAAUCUUAGAAAACGUCUCAGUACUGAUAAUGAAUCUACGCCUCAUGUUAAACGUACUCGACUAUCAUUACCUCAAGAGAAUAAUAAUGAUUGUGAAUUUGCAGAAGAAAUCAGUAAGUUAUUAAAUCAACCAGAAACUACAUUAAAAAGCAAUGCUCAUGCUCGAUUGUGCUCAAUAGAGAAUCGAAUACAGAAAAAUACAUUAUUACAAUUAACUAAAAAUUAUAAAUCAGAUAUUGAUCCAGAAGAAAUUGAUAUCUCGAAGAGACUUGCUGAGAAAAUUCAUAAAAAUGAAUCAUUUAUGGAAGAUAUGGAUUGGGAACCAAUUGAAGAUGAAAAAAUUAUGUCAGAAGUUCAUUUAGUAAGAUCUGAACUUGUUGGAAAACCAAAUGAAAAUGCAAGUGAACUGCCAAGUAACACUUUACAAUCCAUAAAUUGUCCGGAACAAAAAAGUUCUUUGUACAUAGUUGUGGAUACCAAUGUUUUUUUAUCUAAUUUAUCAUUUAUUGAAGAAAUUCUAGAUUCAAACUCUGAGAAAUUUGGUAGACCAUUUAUAGUUAUACCAUGGACAGUUAUAGAGGAAUUGGAUUAUAUCAAAGAAAAUAAAAAUAGGUCACAUCAGCUCAGAUCCCAAGCCAGGAAAGCUGUUGAUUUGUUGAAUAAGCAUUUUUCUAGUAAACAUCCUCGUUUUUUAGGACAAACACCAGAAGAUGUUCAAAGAAAUAAUCAGAAAUUUGAGAUUGAUUGCCCUGAUGACAGAAUUCUUCAGACCUGCUUACAAGUUAGAGAUUAUUCUCGAUCUGUUGUUCUUCUAUCAUAUGAUAAAAAUCUUUGUAACAAAGCUUUACUGCAUAAUAUACCAACUUUGAGUAGAGAUGAACCAUUAGAUAAAAUUGAAUUAAAGACAUCACCAGAAAAUGAUUUCUUAGCAAAUAGUCUUCAUUGUUUUUUAGAAACCGAGCAAAAUGAUGAUUGUCAUUCCGUUCAAAAAGAAUUGUUAGAAGCAGAAGAUAUCAUGGAAGAGGGCAAAGCUUUGCUGAAGAAAGUUCUUGAUGAGACAAUAUCAAAAGAAAUGAAUAUUUUAUUUGGUGAUGGUUGGGAAUCACAUGUAAUUAUUAGACCACCUUGGUCCGUGAUAGAUGCUCUAAAAUGUGCUUUGAAACAUUGGAUGGCUGCAGUUUCUGAAUCUUUUACCAGAAAAACUGAAUCUACAUUAAAAGAGUUGUUUGAUUGCUUAAAGAUAAUACCAACAGGCGGUAGAAAGUUGAAAGAUGUACAAUUUUUUUUGGGCAAAUGUGAAGAUAUGUUCCAAACAAUAAGUAGCUCCAAGUAUCCUGUUUUGAAACCGCAAAUGAUAAAAAAAAUUGAUGAAUUAAAACACCGUUGUCAUGAAUCCAUCAACAAUUUCAAUGAAACCAGAUUUAAAAAUUCUGUUGGUGAGGAACUCGCUGAAAAUCAACAAAACGUUAGGGCUGAUUUAGCUUUCAGAAUUUUAGAAGAAAUUUAUGACUAUGCUAGAGACACAUGUGGUAUAGCUUCCAGUUUUUAUGGUAUAAAAGUAUCAUUCGAGUACAAAGAAAAGCAUCCAUUCAUUACCACAAAAAUUGCUGUAGAACAACAAAAAGAUGUCGGUAUCAACGUAAAUAAGCUACUAUCAGCUCUUGAAAAGGCUCUUGCUUACGAAAAUGAAGGUUUGUUAAUAAACGAUCGAGUAAUAUUGACUCUCUUUGAAGUUUUAUUGCAAUUUUCUUCGGAUUUGAACAUCGAAGAUCUUCGCUUAUUGACUCCUCUUGACGUUUACUAUUGCGUAAAAUUGAAAAAAGACAAGCUAGAAAAAGGAAGAGAUCAACUGCAAACUCUCAAACUUCAUUUUUGCCAAAUAGCAAAUGCACAGUGUAAAACUUAUAAAUGAUUAUGGAAAAUAAG